GCGUUCCGGAACUGACUGCGUACGUGUGGCCCGGCCGCUCCUUGACAGAGUCGCCUCUCACACCGGGGAAAGCGCGGCCGUGCGGCGCGGAGCGCUCCGUCCCAGAGCGCUGAGGUGGCUGAGCGGGAGGAGCCGCGCGUAGCGCGUUGCCAUCUCACCUUACUGGAAAUUGAGUAACAAAGUCAGCAAAACGGCUGCUUGCCUUUAUAGAAACCAACACCUGGGCUGGGGCUGUGCCCGGCUCUGGCUUCUUCUUGUCUUUACAACUGCAGUUGGCUGGUUUUGCAGCUCAGCCGUGUUUAUCUUCGGCAGAGCGGGAAUCGGGAGAAGCAGCCGGGAACGUUUUGGCGUGGGAAGAGCCGCGCGGCCACGGGACAGCGGUCCAAAGUUACCGCAGCCCGGCUCCGUGGGUGGCGGCUCGUGUGUCCCGAGCGGUGCGGCUGCGCUCCCGCUGCCGAAUCUGCGGGCGUUGGGGGCCGUUGGGCCGCCUCGUUCUGCAGCCCGUGCCCUCCUCCGGCACAGCCGUCCUCCGGGAGCCCGGCUCUCUUUCACCAUAUGUCUGCUCUCGGGUGGCUGUGCCUGCACGUGCUGCCCAAACCAAGCCGGAUCUGCCUCCUGCUCUUCCCAGAGCUGCUCUGUGUGCCUGCAGGGAGGGGGCUGAGGCUUUCCUGUCCCCGGGUGUUCCUCCAGGCAAAGUGCCAGAGGAAGAGGAGCAGCAUGGAGAGAUGCCUCGGAGGCAGGGAUGCUGCUGCUCUGGUUGGGAUUAGCAUCUGUGUGGCGGUCUGCAGGAGGAUGGUUUGUGUCUCAGCUGCAGCACUUAUUGGAGAUGACGGGACAGAAGCUGCUGGUGAGCAUCACUGCUGGGAACAGCGCUGUGCUGAGAAGUUCUGCCCUCUAAGUAUGUAUGAAGCAUUUGGCUUUUAACAACUGUUUGCUGGCAUAUGUGGAUGUAAUUAGGUACAUAUCAAUCAAAGUUAGUGGAAUGUUUGAAUUCACUCUUGCAAAUGAAACACCAGCAUUUUGGUGUGUGCUCCUUGUGCAUCCUCGGCAGUGACCUGUUCCCUUUUGCUUCCCAGGGUCCCCGCUGACCUCCCCACCAGUGGCAGUGAUGUGCUGCAGCACAACAUGACCCAGGCAAAGGGUUUCACCAUGCUGUGAUGGAAGCUCUCUGCUCACUCUGCUCCACACAGGCUGACUUUUUGCACCACGCACCGCCAGCAGCAGCCCGCCUGCCCCAACACGACUUUGCAACUGUCCCUGCCUCUGCUGAAGUCUUCAGUAUACACUGAUGCACAACCUGCUAUAAGUAAGUCCUUGAAGCCCAAAUUUUCCAAAACGGAAACCAUUUCCCAUUCAUGUCAUCUCCUCUGAGUUUUUCUAGAAGUCACACAGGACUUUUUGGGCCAAGUGCCGCACAAAUACAAACUGGGAGAUGAAUGGAUUGAGUGCAGCCUAGCAGAGAAGGGCUUGGGAGCUCUAGAUGAAAAACUGGAUGUGAGCCAGCAAUGUGCCCUUGCAGCCCAGACGCAUGGAACAGCUCUCCUGGGACACCACGGAGCUGUGACACACCAGCAGGCCCAUGACGUCACAGGGUUCCCUCCUAAGUCACAAGACUUACAGGAGCACCUACAGCUCUGCUCCGCAGCUCGCACCUGCCCGCAGCUUUCCGGACAAUUUUUUACUCUCCCAAGUGCAAAUAGCACUUGGGCACUGAUGCAGUUUGUCACAGCCUGAGGAUGUCUCUGCUCAGUAGCUUUUUGGAGGACCACGAGUGGGAUUUUAAGCAAAUGGAGAGAAAGAUGCAGAGGCACAUGCAGCUGCUGGACCAGCACCUGCAGGAGCUGCGGGAGGAGCUGCUGCCCUGCUGCCCCUGCGGCCACCUCCUACCACCCUCCUGCCUCUGCUCAUGGCCUCGCACAGCUUCCAGCCAGGCUGUGAUGGCCAUACGGGAUGUGGAGCGAGACCUGGCCAGUGUACGGAGAAAACUGAACAGGAUGUACAAUGCUUCCCAAGACCACAAGGUUUUAGCAGUGAUGGAUGUGAAGGGUUUUGACCCAGAGGAGGUCAGUGUGACGGUGAAGGACAGGAAGGUCCAGGUGCUGGCAGAGCACGAGGAGGCCCACACCACUACACGAGGGAAGGAGUAUAACUACAAAAAAGUCAGGAAGGAGUUCACCUUGCCUCCAGGGGUGAGCGAAGAUGAGGUGAUGUACUCUCUAGGGCCAAACAGAGUUGUGAAGAUUGAAACAGCACACAGGCACUGCCCUCGUCUCCUGAGGCUCUGAGCUCCUGGAGCGCAGCUGGCAGGCUGUGCUGAGUAGUCCCUCUGCUCCUUUGUGUUAAUCCGUAGGCACCACCAACUCUCCUUGCAAUUCCCAAAACAAAACAGAGCAUUCAAAAAAAAAAAAAAAAAAAAAGAA